GCACAGAGUAGGAAAAAAAAAAAGAAAGAAAAGAAAAAGCCACCCAUUAAUCUCAUCACUUGCUUUAUCUCUCUCUUACAAACUUAUCUUACCCCUGGCUUCAUUACAAGAAACCAAGCUGUCUCUUGUUGGAUUUGUAGUUGGCUUGUUGGAAGCACAGAGGCAAAGUCCUUAAUCCCAUCAAACAAAAUCACCAAAUCAACCUGUCUCUCUGUCUCUCUCUCUCUCUCGCUUGUUCUUGGUGCUUCUACUUCUACGUACUUACAUGACUAAGAGCCAUUAAUGAAGGAUUAAAGCUGGUGGCUUGUGAGUGAUGCAAGCUGUUGAUGCCUCUCUUUUCUCUUUUGAGACUCUUUAAGAACUUCGAGAUUUCAAAGUUUGAUUCUAGUAUGUGCAUGAGAGAUUUCAAGUAAAUAUACACAGUUCGUAGUUAUGGAAUUGAGAGGCCAAGAUAUGAAUGAUACGAGAACGUCGUCAGUUCCGUCGAGCUAUGGUCAUGAAUCAUCAGGAGUUGAGAGAAGAAGAGAUGGGAAUCACAAUGGCAACUCAGUCCUCACUUACACUCAAACCCUAGACCACCAUAAGCAACCAUCACUUCCCCAGACAAGAUCUCCCAACCCAGAUCGAGUUUCAGUCAUUGCAAAAGGAUCUAACUCCAAGACAGCCAAUGUUAGGUAUCGAGAAUGUCUCCGAAACCACGCAGCCAGCGUCGGCGGCAAUGUUUACGAUGGCUGUGGUGAGUUCAUGCCGGGCGGAAAAGAGGGUACACUCGAAGCUUUAAAAUGUGCAGCCUGUCAGUGCCACCGUAACUUCCACCGCAAAGAAGUAGAUGGGGAGACCCAAUUCAGUCCGAGUUCAAGAAGAAGUACAAUGGUCCAUAGCCUUCAAUUGCCACCACCAUUGCCGUCUCCAACGGUACUGCAUCAUCAAAGAUAUUCCAUGGGGUUACACACUAGCCCUACCUCCGCGAACAUGGUUCAACCCAUGAGUGUAGCUUUUGCUGGUGGAGGAACCGAGUCCUCAAGUGAAGAUCUCAAUAUCUUCCACUCCAACGCCGAGGGAGGUCCAACGCCACCGCCUUUUGUUUUAUCCAAGAAAAGGUUCAGGACAAAAUUCACACAAGAACAAAAGGAUAAAAUGAUGGAGUUUGCAGAGAAGAUUGGGUGGAGGAUCAACAAGCAAGAAGAGGAGGAAGUGGAGAAGUUUUGUGCAGAAGUUGGAGUGAGAAGGAAAGUUUUCAAGGUGUGGAUGCAUAAUAACAAGAAUCCAAAGAAGCAGCAGGAGCAGCAUCAGCAGCAGCCACCGGAGGAGGAGGAGGAGGAGGAGGAGGAGGAGGAGGAGCCCCUGUGAGAGAAGCAAAUUAAAGAAGGCUAUUGCUUGAGAUGGAUAUAUAGAUGUAGACAUUAAAAGCAUGGUUGGUAGAGGAAGGCAAGAUGAGACAUAGUAAAGAAGAGAGCUUGGCUUUAGCAAGAUUCUUGAAUAGAAAGUCUUCCAUCAGAAAUUUUCGCAUAAUUUCACAGCUAUGGUUUUUUUUUUUUUUUUUUUUUUUUUUAUAAUUUUUCCAUUGAAGUAGAAUGAUAUAUUCUGAUCUCUUAUCUUUUGCUUGGGAAUUUCUUAAAUAUUUUCUUUAAUAUAUUUUAAUAGUCACUAAUUACUAGGGUAUGCU